AUGUGGCAUUUGCUGUUUCUGUUGUUGGUGACAAGUACUCUAGCAGAGACAGUACAAGGUAAAGAGAAGCAUAGGAAAACUAGGACAGAACCACAUUUUACUCUUCAAGAAGCUGUGCCAGGUAUAGACAUCAGUGAGCUGACAGGUUUGGAGUUUGUCAGCCACUACAAGGCAUCAGAAGAUCAUAGAGCAGUUUUAGAAGAAGCUGAUCUGUCCGAGAGCCAGACUCCAAAAACAGAGAGAAGGCGUAAAGUGUCACAGAAAGUACCAAGAUCAGAAAGUUCUCUCACAGAACUGGAGCUAGAAGGCCAAGAGAAUACUGAAGAUAAGAGGAGAAACUUCAGCCCUAUAGCCUUGGUAAACGCCUUUGGAGAGACAAAGUCAACACCCCCUUCUAGCAGUAGCAACAUGGCUCCUUCACAGAGGAAAAAUGCUAAAAUGUUUUGGCAUCACUUCAUGUUCCGAAGGGGCUCAACAUCCCAAGAGUUGGUACUGCCCAUCAAAACAAAUGAGGUGCAGCAAGAGACAUGCCAGACUUUACCUUUUUCUCAGAGUAUUGUCCAUAAAAACUGUGAGAAGGUUGUAAUCCAAAACAACCUCUGCUUUGGAAGAUGUAGUUCUUUCCACGUUCCAGGCCCUGAGGACCGUCUGUACACCUUCUGCUCCCACUGUCUCCCCACUAAGUUUACCCUGAGCCGCUUACAAUUGAACUGUACCGGGAAUGCAAACAUAGUAAAGGUUAUUAUGUUGGUGGAGGAAUGCAAGUGUGAAAUUCAGAAGGGUGUACAUCCUUCCACAAGGCUACAGAGUUCAGAAUUAAAGCAUGCGCCUGAGAAUGACGGCUGAAGAAAAAAAACUGUCAGAAGUGCUUGUGGUUGAAACUGCAUAGCAGAGUACAGGAUUUUUUUGCAUUCCCAACUGAAGAAAACAAUUGCUACCAAAUUCAAUAUUGUUGUCUUAGCAGACUGAUAACCACAUCACAGCCAAAAACAGAAUAUGAAUUUAUACAUUUCCCUCUUGCCUACUUCAGUUAAGCAAACGUCAGAAGAUAAAUGUCAUCAUUUCUUAAUGAAAUCAGGUUCCAGAUGACACAUAAUGACUCUAGAGGGACACUGUCAACGCCAUCUGCAUCAUAUCAUUUGUAUGACAGAAUCUAGAUUAAUGAAGCCUUCCUGUCUGUACAGUUAAUACGACAGGGAACUCCUCUUUAUCUUUCAUUUUUACUAAACUGCAGAUAAACAGAAAUGGAACAGCUGUCAGGAAAAUAUGAUUUACAUCAUGUCCUUGAUUUUUUGUUAAGCAUGCAUUCUAUAAGUAGAAAUGUUUCAAAACAGUGCAGCCUUUCAAGAUGGAAAUUUCUCUUCAUUUCAAUUGAGAGGUUUGAUUUCACUAGGGAUAUUCCAAAUAAGGAACACCACCAUGCACAUUUUAUACACAAGAAUACAGCAGUUGAUAAGAAAAUGCAAUUUACUUCUUGUCCUUGAUUUUUUGUUAUACAUGCAUACAUACAUUCUAAACUACAAAUGUUUUAAAAUUGUGCAUUCCCCCAAGUUAUAUUUUCUAAUGAACAGAUUACUUGCAAAACACACUAAAAACAAAACAAAGGGCAACAUCAAAUACAAAGGAUAAACUGCAGUUUUUAAAAGAAGCCUGAUUUGAUGGUAACGGAAACUGUAAAACAAAGUAUGUUUUCCAUUAAGCAUUCCUUUACAUUAUUAUAGACUGGCAAUGAAGCAAUUUAGUAUUGGUCACUGUUCUAAGACUUAGCCUGUGUAUGCAUCAUUAAGACUAUUACAUAAUCAUGAAAAUGAAUCACUUAUGACAAUCGAAAAAAAAAUUUAGCCAUGGGAAUGGUCACCCUAAGAGAGACUGUCAAGACAACAUUAAAACAAUUUCAAAAAUAUGUCCAUAUAUUUAAA